GAAAACCAGCAGGCAAAUCGCUAUGCUGUCUUAUGUUGGCUUUGAUUUGGCCUAUCAUUGUAGAGAAUUGAGCAUAGAGAGUUCAAACCAGCAGAAGCAAUGCGAACUCACAAUCGGCUGCGGUGGUCAUGCCUACUUGCAGGAGAAGCAAGCACUCAGCAGCCAUACGAGAACUCCACAAAACUUCUCUCCGCAGAAUUAAACGUACCAAAUACACUCUACAAACCCGAGGAUUUGGGUCCGCCUCUUUUGCAUCUCUCACGAUUAGACUUUUUCGCCACGCACAAAUAUGUCGAAGUGUCAAGAACCUGGACAAUGCGCUCUUUCCCCAAUAGCGACGACUCAAACACAACAUGCAGAAGAUGUCGAGGCACUGCUCGAAUAUGAAUCUCCAGGUGCAGAUUUGAAUGCAGACUCUCGCCGUGAGCGCGAUACACAAUCACCCGAAACUCCUGAGUCCAAUGAUGGGUCAUCAUCCAAAUCCUUGACAAGCAGUGUUGUGGAUUUUCCAGAAGAAAAUGGCAGAACCUAUCAUGGUUAUCGUGCAGGAACAUACCACUUCCCAAAUGACAUUAAUGAACAAGACAGACUUGAAGCACAAUUCGAUAUGCUAAAAUGUGCUUUUUCAGGUCGCAACUUCUUCGCUCCACUGUCCGAUCCUCGUUAUAUUCUCGAUAUUGGUACCGGUACAGGUCAAUGGGCAAUUCAGAUGGGCGAUACCUUUCCAAAGGCAGAAGUUCAAGCCACUGAUCUUUCUCCAAUCCAGCCAGUAUCUGUCCCGGAAAAUGUCCAUUUCUAUAUCGAUGAUGCUAGCGAUGACGAUUGGGUACUUCCGUCCAACCACUUUGAUUAUAUCCACACUCGUGUGUUGCUAGGAUGCUUCAAGGAUUUUGAAAGCAUCAUAAAAAGAGGGUUCCAUUACACGAAACCAGGAGGCUAUAUGGAGAGUCAAGAAAUUUUACUCACUCCAUAUUGUGACGAUGAAUCGAUGACUGAAACCUGGCCAUUCUUGGAAUGGAUUGGAUUUGUCGAAAAAGCGGCAAUGAAAGCCGGCCGAUCGAUGAAUAUUGCCGAGAAUCUGAAGAGCUGGUACGAAGCAGCUGGAUUUGUGGACGUGCAAGAAAAGGUGUUUAAACUGCCAGUCAAUCCUUGGCCCAAAGACAAACACUUACAUAACCUUGGGGAGAUGUCCGAAGAGAACUGGCUUGCAUGCUUAUCAAGCUUUAGCAUGGCUUUGUUUUCUCGCAUCUUGAAUUGGAAACAAGAGCAAAUUGAGGUAUAUCUGGUGAAUGUUCGAAAAUCAAUCCCGAAUCGAAAUGUUCACGCCUAUAAUAAGAUAUAUGUUGUAUGGGGGAGGAAACCAGAAGAGGGCGAGAAAAGCUCUGGCAGUAUCUCGGAAGAGAUGCCUUCCAAGAUUGAUGUGGCCCAAGAUGAACCUGCAAAAAAUGUCGCCUAACAGACUUCAAGGUGUUUUGAUUGAAGAUUUACAAUUUUUCACAAGGAUUUGUCAGAUACAAGCUACUUAACUAAUACCCAUGAUACGGUAUCACAUAGUGACAGAAAUAGGAAUUCUCAAUUCACAUAAAUUUCUGGAGAAUAAGAGAAAUCACCUCCUCAUC